AUGACCGAUAAUAAGCUUCAUCCUGCUGUAACGGUCACCAAUAUCAAAGCUGCCAUUCCCAUCAUCCUGGACAACGAGGCAGCCGACUACAACACGUGGUCCGAGCUGUUUCGCAUCCACUGCACGGCCUAUCUGGUUUCGGAUCACCUCUCAAAACGACCCGAAACCACUGAGAAAACCUCCUCCUCUGACAAACAGCCUGCUGCACCUCCUGCUGCCGACUCAUGGGAGCGCCUUGACGCCAUCGUCCUUCAAUGGAUUUAUGGCACCAUCUCUCCCGGCCUCCUCAAAACUGUCAUAAAAAACAAAACCACUGCUUAUGAUGCCUGGAAGGCCAUUGAAGCCUUAUUCCAAGAUAACAAAGCGACUCGUGCUCUCUACCUCAAACAGAAGUUUUCUAAUACUCGGUUAGAAAACUUUUCUUCUAUGCAUGCCUACUGUUAG